GCCGAACCGCAGUUUGGGAACCGCUAUCCCGGAGGGCCGACCUCUGCAACCGGCUUUCUGUCUCCGCCCCCGCCUCUCAACAACAACACCGGAGCGACUUCAGCCUGCCACCCUCUACCCCGAAGACCCGUCCACGUUCUGCCUCCCCUCCCCCCUACCCCUCUCCCAAGACCGAACGCCAUUGCCCACACUCAACGCGAACUUUUCCAAGGAAUGCCAAAAAUGGUCUAUUUAACUCGGCCGGUGAUAAAGUAGUUCCAAAUCUGAAGUCCAACAGGCGUCGCCGAGGAAGUUUUUCACCCCCCCACCCGUUUUUGGCCCCGCGGUGGAGCCAGGAAAGAUCAGGACUGCGGGGAAAGGAGCGCGUAUGAUGUGGAUCUGGUACAUUCUGCUCGGCUCAGGCACAGUUGAGAGCCAGCUGCUUCCAGGGAAUAACUUCACCACAGAGUGCAACAUCCCUGGAAAUUUCAUGUGUGGAGAUGGGAAGUGUGUCCCAGGAGGAUGGCAAUGUGAUGGAUUGCCCGAUUGCUUUGACAAGAGUGACGAGAAAGGCUGCCCUAAAGUCAGGUCAAAGUGUGCACCUACAUUCUUUGCCUGUGCCAAUGGGAUCCACUGCAUCAUUGGACGCUUCCAGUGUAAUGGAUAUAGUGACUGUCCUGACGGGAGCGAUGAGGAAAACUGCACAGGUAACCCCUUGGUGUGCUCUGAGGCCCGCUUCAAGUGUCGAAACGGCCGCUGUGUAGACCGCAGCUUUUUGUGUAAUGGUCAGGACAACUGUCAGGAUAACAGCGACGAGGAGCUCUGCCUGAGUACAGCAGAAGCUCCUGGGCAGGACUUUGUGACAUUGGACUACCGUCUGCGCUACUACCCCAGCAUCACCUACGCCGUCAUCGGGAGCGCCGUCAUCUUCGUGUUGGUCGUAGCAUUGCUGGCCCUGGUGCUUCAUCACCAGAGGAAGAGGAGUGUUCUGCUUCCUGCUGGUGUAAGAGGAGCCUCUCACCACCACCACCAACCGUUGCUGCUGUCACGCUUGGUCAUCUUGGAUCGCGGCCACAUGCAUCCCAGUGAUCCGGGUCUCUCUCCUGGCUCCCCUUCUCCAGCCGAGCAGUAUAGCUCAUCUCCUCAGAUGCUGCAAAUCCUGUCUGAUACCCUUUGUCCUACUGCACAGACGCCUCCAUCGUACUCUCAGGCUGUAAUGGAUGUCAGUCGGCCUCCCUGGUUUGAUCUCCCGCCUCCUCCGUACCUCCCAGAUGGGCAAGAAGCUUCCGAGAGCGACUUGCCCCAUUAUGAGAGCCCUUCCACGUCACCCACAAUCAGAACUAUGUCUUCAAACAGUCAGUCCAACUCAAAUUCUAGACAGAUGUCGGAUCAGCAUUAACUACUCUCUAACUGACUGCACAAAGCAGCACAUUCCACAGCACAGACCUGUCGAGAGCUGAAGACUGAGCAACUCCACUAAGCGUUCACGUCAUCCUGAAAAUUCGUUUUGUAUUUUGGCUCCCCCUGGUGGACUUUUUUUCUUCUGCAGAGUGACAUAUCCUUUAUUUCAGAAUGAGUCAUUUGUUCCUUUCAGUUGAAGUGUUUCUACAUUAAGAGGUACUAGCUAUUUUCAUAAUCAGCGACCACAGCCUUCGAGGAGUAUCUCAAGUGAAUUAAUAAGUGUGCCAAUAAGAUAAUAUUUUCACUGUGUGUAACAGUAAAUCAAGUAAGUCCCACUUUAUGAGCUACAUCCAGCCUAUGCCUAUAUGACGCCACACUUUUGUAGGGAACCUGUACAACCCAAAAGCCAGAUCAAACCUUGUUAAAUCUCAUCUAGCCUUGACGAUAUUUCCUGGUUGUGUUAGCACGUGUUGUUACAUCACAAUGCGAGGCUUAUGGAAAGCUUUUUCAGCAUUUCGAUAUCCUUGAUGAGAGCUUAAUGACCAUGUACUUGUACUGUAUGCUCUUCGUUGUCAUGAGUAAGAUAAUUCAGUGCACUUGUAUAAAAAUCAAUAAAUGGUCAAACAGCUUUAUGGAAAGCCUUUCAAAAAAUGUUUUAUAUCCUUUAUGUUCAGCUUUAGGUCCAUGCACUCGUAUCUUCUUUGUCCUUACUAGUAGGACAACUGUCAAACUGGACUACAUGGACCCCCUCGAAAAUGAGAUGAUGCAUCUUAAGGCACUAUCCUUCAAAUAAAUGAACAAGAAUAUAAAGCAUGAUACUAGUGAGGCAAAACUGUGCACUAGUUUAAAACUUUGUGCUACUCGUUCUAAUAGUGACAUAAAAUACUAUUAGUUAACAUCUAGGGCUUCACUAGUAGUACUAGUAGUGCACUGAUGUCAACUAGUGCACAGUUUUGCCUCACAAGUAACAUGUAGUCCUACUAGUGAGUACAAAAGGUAAUUCAAUAUCUUACUAGUGCGCUGAAUAGUCUUACUAGUGAUGACAAAGUGUGUAGUUGUAUAUGGACCUUAAGCUGCAUAUCGAAGAAAUACUUCAAAUGGUUUUCCAGAGAAGAGGCGCAUUUCAACCACAGGAAAUUUCCCCAGGAACUAGAAACCUUUUGAGGACCAUUGUGUGUUUGGACAACCCUAGUCAAAGAUGCUCUUUCCUUCUGAUAUGUGACAGCAUGGAGAUUUUUUUUUUUUCUUUUUAAGACUGAGCAGUUGUUCAGGAAGAAUUUUAGGAUAUGGGUAGCUGUGAAGGAUAGGAGUCAUGGAUUUUCUGUGUGAAUUCCUAGCCCGCUAGGCUGAAAUUAAGCGACCUAAAGUCGUGCCGAAGUCAAAUUGGUCAUCAUGGUACUACAAAAAUGGGAAAAGACUGCUGUGUUUAAAUUAGGACCGUCUUCGCAUGGCAUUAUGACACAGUCAGCCUUCAAAUGCAGCCCCCUUAAUCGGUACAGACUGUAGAUAGUGUCAGUAAGACGUGGAAGUGUUGUUAUUCUCCUCAAUGGAAACACACUUUGGUAGCACUUCAGUCAAAGUCACCUUUGCAUUAUUUUUGUAAAUAGGAGUUUGUUUCUGUUUUAAAAAUCAAGCGACUCCAAGAGAAGUAUAAAACAUUCGGAUAUAUUUAACACAUGACAUUCAGUGACUUUUCACAUAUCUGUGUUGUUGCCUUAUUUGGGUAAGUUAAGACACGAAACAGUAAAUCAAUUCAACAUUAAGCUUUGGAAAAGUGCUUGUAUAAAAUGUGCUUCUAAAAGCAGCUAAUUCAUAGGUACCCAUAUUUGUGGUUUUAGUGUUCUACAAAAGGGCGUAUUACAUGCUAAGUGGCGGUUAAUUUCAGGAUACUUCAAAUGACUAUCAUAGAUAUUGCAACUGCAUUGUUUGGAGGAAUUCUUACUUGGGGGAAGUUUCUUUCAAAGCAAUAUUUGAUUUUUGAGUUUCUUGUCUCACAAUAUUUGCUAAUAGUGUGGUUGUUUUACACUAUGUAUCACAAAUAAUACAUGAAGUGGACCAAUUAAAUUUCAUGAAAUAGAAAAUGUACUCUAUAACGCAGACCCGGGUUCAAAUCCGGCCCCGCCUGUGUGGAGUUUGCAUGUUCUCCCCGUGCCUGCGUGGGUUUUCUCCGGGCACUCCGGUUUCCUCCCACAUCCCAAAAAACAUGCGUGGUAGGUUAAUUGAAGACUCCAAAUUGCCCGUAGGUGUGAAUUUGACUGUGAAUGAUUGUCGGUUUCUAUGUGCCCUGCGAUUGGCUGGCGACCGGUUCAGGGUGUACCCCGCCUCUCGCCCAGAGUCAGCUGGGAUUGGCUCCAGCACGCCCACGACCCCAGUGAGAAGAAGUGGUACGGAAAAUAAAUGAAUGAAUGAAUGUACUUUAUAACGCACCCUGCCAUUAACUAGAUCAUUCCUCAACAACAACAACAAAGGGAAAAACCUCUCAUUAUUUUCAGUCUGAAGACCACUCAUGUGAGAGACAAAUAGCAAUUAGUGUAUGUACAUCAGACAUUAUGUGAUGCCUUGUGUUACUGGAUAUGCUACCCAGUUGGGCCUACACAUUUCUUCAAGUUUGUCAACAACAAUAUGUAGCAGUUUUACUACAGCUUAAAUCAUUUUGGUGGCACCGCCGUUUGUAAAAAGGACAAUGUUGUCUCUGUACCCUAUCAUCAUAUACUUCUGUGGUCGGUGUACGGUGCCUAUGCAAGCUAUUUCCCGAUUAAAUGAACAGUGUUUAUUUCAGUAUUUAAUGUUAUGCCUUUAUUUCAAUACCCAAAAAUAUGAAAUUAAUUAUACUUUCAAUCUUCAAGAAGUCAAUAAUAGGCAAUAUUUUCUGAAAAUACAAAUGCUCUGGAACAUCCAUGUCCAAUGUCCAAUAUAAAAAUGUUUUCAUCUUACAUUUGCUGACUCCUAAUGUAAUUUAGAUUUUGCAGCUCUGGUACAAAAUAACAACAAGUACAGUUUUUCUUUCUUUUGCUGUAAAUAUGUGUAUCUUUAAUGGGGUAAAUUUGUCAGUAGUGCUACUGUGGUUCAGUGACAUGAAUAAUGAAGGAUCUGUUUUCAUGUGUUUGUCACGUGUCCCCCUGUUUGCUUCAAUCCUGUCAAUAAAAAAUGGUUUUGUUUGUAAUACAAGACACGUUUGUAUAGCAAAACAGAACUCAACCAAGGCAAUGAA